UCCGCCGGCGCGGCUCGGGGGCCCCUGGAGGAGGAGGAGAGGAAAAACCACGGGAUUGAGCUCUGUCAGUGGCGCUCGCGGCUUCCAAGGGGGAAGUGCCGGGGAAUAAUUAAUGUUUUUAUUAAAUUUGGAGGGAAUUUUUUUGCAGCCGAUCGCCGCGCGUGGCCUUCAGGCUGAUUGGAGUCCAGAUCCCGAGGAAAUCUCCAGAUCAAAUGCCCAGUAAAUAAAAAACACUGAGCUAAGACUCGUGGAAGAGCUGCAGAAUGGAUGGAUUUUAUGACCAGCAAGUGCCUUACAUGGUCACCAAUAAUCCGCGUGGGAGAAACUGUAAUGAGAGACCGACAAAUGUCAGGAAAAGAAAAUUCAUUAACAGAGACCUGGCUCAUGAUUCAGAAGAACUCUUUCAAGAUCUGAGCCAAUUACAGGAGACAUGGCUUGCAGAAGCUCAGGUACCUGACAAUGAUGAGCAGUUUGUGCCAGACUAUCAGGCUGAAAGUUUGGCUUUUCAUGGUCUCCCUGUGAAGAUCAAGAAGGAACCCCAUAGCCCAUGUUCGGAACUUGGCUCCGCUUGCAGUCAAGAGCAACCAUUCAAGUUCAGUUAUGGGGAAAAGUGCCUGUACAAUGUCAGUGCCUAUGAUCAGAAACCACAAGUGGGAAUGAGGCCCUCCAACCCACCGACGCCAUCCAGCACUCCCGUGUCGCCGCUGCACCAUGCCUCCCCGAACUCCGCUCAGACUCCUAAACCUGACCGCGUUUUCCCUACCCACCUCCCUCCAUCCCAGUCCAUUCCAGACAACAGCUUCCCUAUGGAUCACAGAUUUCGCCGCCAGCUCUCUGAGCCUUGCAAUUCUUUCCCACCUUUGCCUGCAAUGCCAAGGGAAGGACGUCCAAUAUAUCAGCGCCAGAUGUCUGAACCAAACAUCCCUUUCCCACCUCAAGGUUUUAAGCAGGAGUACCACGAUCCAGUUUAUGAACACAACGCUAUGGUUGGCAGUGCAGCCAGUCAAAAUUUCCCCCCUCCGCUGAUGAUUAAACAGGAACCUAGGGAUUUUGCAUAUGAUUCAGAAGUGCCUAGCUGCCAUUCCAUUUACAUGAGGCAAGAAGGCUUCCUGGCUCACCCAAACAGAACAGAAGGCUGUAUGUAUGAAAAGGGACCUAGGCAGUUUUAUGAUGACACUUGCGUUGUUCCAGAGAAGUUUGACGGAGAUGUCAAACAGGAGCCAGGCAUGUACCGCGAGGGACCCACAUAUCAGCGGCGAGGCUCGCUUCAGCUCUGGCAGUUCUUGGUAGCUCUUCUGGACGACCCAUCAAACUCUCACUUCAUAGCAUGGACUGGCCGAGGCAUGGAGUUCAAGCUGAUUGAGCCAGAGGAGGUGGCACGUCGCUGGGGGAUUCAGAAAAACAGGCCAGCUAUGAACUAUGAUAAACUUAGCCGAUCGCUUCGCUAUUAUUAUGAAAAGGGAAUCAUGCAAAAGGUGGCUGGAGAAAGAUACGUCUACAAGUUUGUUUGUGACCCUGAAGCGCUUUUCUCCAUGGCUUUUCCCGACAACCAGCGCCCCUUGCUGAAGACUGACAUGGAGCGCCACAUCAAUGAGGAGGACACUGUGCCUCUGUCCCACUUCGACGAGAGCAUGGUCUACAUGCAGGACGGGGGCUGCUGCAACACCCACCCCUACAACGAAGGCUAUGUCUAUUAACAACAGUGACACUGAAGGGGUGUUUCCCCCUCCCUUAAGCUUCUCCUCUUUCCCAAGACCCAGAGGAAAGCUGAAUCGACUUCAGUUUGUUUUUUAAAUAGUACACUAAAAGGGGCUUUUCCUGUUGCAUUACUCCUAUGGUCUGCCAUGGACAGCGCACUUUAUUUGAAAGGGGAGGGUUGGAACCUAAAUGUUAUUCUGUGUAAAAGGAGGAAAAGGGUGGGUUUGCUUUUUACUUAAGUUUGGGAAGGGAACAUACAGGUUUUAAGUACAAAAAAAGCUAUAUCAUGUCUGUUUUGUUUCAUAUCAGCAUAAGAUAUUGUACAUUUUCUCUGGGUAUCUGUAGUACAGUUAAUUCUCAUUGUGCAAAAUAACCACUUUUGAUGAUGAUAUCAGCACAGCAUGCCUAGGGCAUUUAUUUCUUGCCAUUCCUAAUUGUCUUUCUGUAGUAAUAAAAGAGAAGCAAAGCAUAUACCACCGCAUUUAAUUUAGAAGUUUCCAGUGGCAGAACUUGUACCUUGCCUCUGUGAACAACCAGAUGGUUUUCCUAUUAUUUUCCUUUUUGCUUUUCAUUCUUUUUCUAUUUUUUUCUUUUUUUUUGUGUAUGACUUAAAAAAAAAUUCCUAUUUCAUGCCAGACUGGCCAUAAGUACAAUGACCAAGCAGUGAAAUCCCUGACUUCAGACUGCAAGCUGCAUGCUGUAUCUGGUGCCACAUUGCUUUACAUGUAUGGCCCAUGCUAUGGCGCUGAUUUUUCAAGAUCCAUUUGAGGGUAGUAAUUACAUGGAGUAGGCUUUCUGGUGAUCAUGUCAGCAUUAAAUACAGGAUCAUGAUCAGGAGGGAGAAAACAUUUUGUAUCCUUCCAUUUCCUUUGGUACAUAAAUAAGUUAUUUAAUCAAUAGGAAUUAACUGUACUAAGUCACAUAUCUAAUUAUGCUGUUUAGACACAGCAAGCACUCCUUGAGAAAAAUAUCCAAUACACUAAAUAGGUACUUUAGUAAUUUUUAGACACGGUACCCAUUAAUAUGCAUUUAAACCUUUUACUGCUGUGUUAUGUUGAUAACAUAUAUAAAUACUAGAUAAUGCUAAUGCUUCUGCUGCUGUCUUUUUCUGUAAUAUUCUCUUUGAUGCUGAAUUUACUAUGACCAUUUAUAAGCAAUGCUGUAACUACAGGUAGCAUUUCAGGACAAAAUAGAUGACUUGAACCAUUUAUUGCUUAGAAAAUAGCUUACGCCAUAGCUGUGCUAUAAGCAGCUUUUAUGCGCAUCCACAAAUGACUAGUAAGCUUCAGCUUGCUAAGGAAAGCUCUGCAGAACCUUUUGUAAUUUUUGGUGGAACAGAGAUGAACUGUCAAAGAAUACCAUGAAGUUGCUGUAUGACGUUGUAGUGCUGGCACUGGUGUUACCAAUCAACUUGUUUUGGACACUAAAUGUAAAUGUGAUCGGAUAUGCUUGGAAGACAAUUUAAAUUUUGAGGGGUUUUUUUGGUUGUUUUGUUAUUUUUUCAAAUUGUUUUAUUUUUUGAGAGGGGUUACCUUGGACACAAACCACACGUUCUAUUCUGUAUGUAAAACAAAAACAAAAAGUAGCAAAACCGCAAAAGUUAAAAUAUUUAUGAGCACCUUUUUUUAAAUACAAUAAUUCAUAAGUUGGAGGGGUGGAGAGGAAGCUAAGAAUUGGAUUUAAUUUUUUGCCCAGUGAAAUUUAAAUAGUUGUUAUAUGAAGUACCUUGUUUUCCUAGAUUGUCAAGAAGUGGGAGAAAAAUAAAUACGUAACCAUAAAAAAACAAGAAUAACUUUCAUCAUAAUGGAUGGAUUUCAAAGACAGUCCUAGGUGGUGGGUUAAUCUUCCAUCCUUUGUCAGUUAAGACACUACUUAAGUUAUGAAUAUUUUAAUACACAUUUAAUCAAAAGUAAAGAAGUAGUGGUCACUAGAAACCACAGGUGCAUAAAAAGCAUUUGGGCAGGUAUUUAAUUUACCCAGAUCCAUGAGACAACAUAUUUUAUGAUAUAUGCCUUAAUAUGCCACCUAAUUCUGUCAUUCAUAGAUCUCAAUGGCACUUAAAUACUUGGUGAUCAACUGACAAAAAGAAGACUAAAAUUGCAGAACUAGCGAAAAGGAAAGGGAAAAUGUUCAGUAAUAUUGUUUAAAAAAUGUGGUUUCCAUUGAAAUAAGGUUCAAAUGAAACAUGCUUUGAUGAAAAG